AAAAGAAGAUUUUGGUUUCCAAAACAAAACAAGGAAGUGUAGUUGUGAAUGUGCAAAGAAACUAAAGUGUUUGUACAUAAUCAACUGGCGUAGGGCCGUAUGAUAACAGGACAACUAGACAGAAAUGAAAACAGAAGUGACAGCAUUUCUCUACAUUUAACUUGCGGAAGUGUAAUCGAAGAGACCGAGGCAAACAGUGUAACGUUACUUCCCGAGCAAGGUUUCUUCUCUUGCCCACCCACUUUCCCCCUUGACAUGGAUGCAUCAGGAGGAUAUUGGGACAGUUGCCUAAAUGAUGAGGACCUGCCUCAGAUGGAUGGUACAUGUGAUGCUUGUGAGCCGGACGAACCUCAGCCAGCCUGUCUGGUAUGCACACUAUGUUGCUUCGCCUUCUGUGUCAGCCAUGCAGAUGAACAUUCACAACGCUCUGGUCACCCGCUCCAGCCAUACCUUCCUCUAGACCCACAGCUAGAGAAAGGACCCUUGAGAGAUCAAGAGGCAUCUGAAAACAGUGCAGAGGGGGCAGAGGCUGCCGGAGGUGAGGAGAAUAAACUUCAGCAUGGGGUUGGCAAAAGAGACACAGUGACGGUGGAGAGACUAAAAUGUAAGGAGCAUGGACAAGAGGGGUCACUUUACUGUAAAAACGAUGAGAGGAUCAUUUGUGUGGUGUGUGCUGUGCAGGGAGAACAUAAGGAACAUGAGAUCAUUACUCUCAAAGAAGCAUACCUGUGGCAGAAGAGCAAAGAAGGCAUUGACCUUUUGGAACAAACUCAAGUAAUGGCUGAGAAAAUUAAAGUUAAAUGGACCUGUCCAGAUAUGAGUACAGAAGAACUGGAGCAGUAUGUGAAUCGGCAGUUUGAUGAACUGCACAGGCUUGUUCGACUAGAGGAGUGGCGAGUCCUGCACCUGGUGGAUCUGAAGGAGGCAUUCCUUACUGCCCAGGCUGCUGAAAGUAUUUCUGAGAUCAGCGUCCACACUGAAAAACUUCAAGAAGAAAUGGAUUCUAUCACUCAGCAGCUAGUCAUGUUGGAUAAAGCAGAGCAAGAUGGAGUUGCCCCCAAAUCACUGGCCCCGCUGCUGACUGCCAGAACACCACCUUCCCUUGCUGCUGUCAUAGAGCCUGGACGACUGCGCAAAGGAGAAGCAGAGAGAGACAGACGCAGCGAGGUGUUGCAAAAUCACAGAAAUAUUCGCCAAGAAGGGAGCAGGACCCUGAAGUGAGGCUGAGAGUAGGCAAUCAAAUGAGGGUCCCAGAAGAUCAUUCAGUUGAUGAAGAGAAAAAAGAAGAUGCACAUAUGGGGCAUGUACCCUAAAACUAAUGGACAUUGAGACGUUCUUUUCAGCAUGAAUUAAAUUACACUAGUCUCAUUGUAUCAUAAAAAUGUAUAUGGAUAAUACUUGACUACCAUUUUUCUUAAGAAGGUAAUGAAAUAAUCAAACUAUCAGGUCAAAAUAGGAUGACAUUUUUUUCCCCCACAUUUAAGCAAAUAUAACAAUUUAGUCUUAUUUUCCAGGUGUUUUUAUAUUAACCUCCAGACAUUUGUUUAUUGUUUGCACCAUAAUAAUUAAUUUUGUGUAACUGUAACCUGUUGUACACAAACGUGAACAAUUACACUGCUUCAUGUUCAAAGAAAAAUAUUUGGUUAUUAUAUUUACUGGUUCUUACUAACUCCAAAUAGCUAAAAAAAAUACAAACCAAAGCUUGGGUCUUAGGAGUUUAAAAUAAAAUUUAGAUGCAGUACUGGUGGAGGGAUUUAAUUAAAGGUAUGUCAUUAAAUACAGUUUAUGGACCAUCA